AGCAAAGCAAUCGAAACCUCUGCCUGGCAACGAUGAAACUGCUGCCUCUCCUCCCGUUUCUCGCCUUCUCUGCUGUCGUCGAAGCGCGGGAGCGGCCCGUCGACCCAGUCGACCACCGUCGCUAUGCCUCCGGCGAAGUGAUGGACAGCAUCAUGAAGGUCAAGACGGCGACGUGGGACCACUACAGAGCGCUGGGAUACUUCGAUCCCGGACGCCACUCGUCGACAAACACGUUUAGGCGGUGUAAUAACGGCCAUGUCACGAUGAACGAUAAUGGGAUCAUGACGAAAUAUGCUUGCAAGAAUCUCGACCUUACCGGACAUCUCACGCACGAUGAUCUGGGCUCUGUCGAUGCUACCGAAAGGAUCGGAAGCUCCAUCUGGGGUUAUACCCUUGAAGGCCGCGAGUUUGUGGCCAUCGGACAAACCGACGGCGCGGCGUUCGCGGAAGUCGUUGGCAAGGGCUGGUGGAACCGUGUUCCGUUCUAUGGCAAGAAGGAGGGAUCACUCGAUUACAUCGGACGGCUUCCACAGACUCCGGGUGCGCUGCCUUCCAUUUGGAGGGAGAUCAAGGGGUACAAGCACUACGCCAUCAUUGGCUCCGAAGCGGUGGCCCACGGAAUCCAGAUCUUUGACUUCCACAAGCUCCUCGAAGUCCGCUCCAACUUGAACCGCCUCUCCACGGCUACCAGAGUCUUCAGUCCCACCAGCGACAUCUCCCACUUCGCCGACCUCCCCGUCGGGCGCUCGCACAACGUCGUCAAUGCCGAAGCCUCCGAGCACAUCAUCGCCGUUGGCGCGGCGCCUCGCACCGACACGUGCGCCUCCGGUCUGAUCUUCAUCGACAUGUCUGACCCGGCGCGGCCCAAACGCACCGGUUGCGCCUCGGGAGAUGGCUACGUACACGACGCGCAGUGUCUGAUCUACAAAGGCCCUGACCACAAAUACGACGGCACCGAGAUCUGCUACGGCUACAACGAGGACUCCCUGACCAUCUACAACAUCACCGACAAAACCACCACAAAGAUCAUCUCCAGGACCUCGUACGAGGGCGCGAGUUACACGCACCAGGGUUGGGUCCUCGACACCGAGAACCAGGAGUUCCUCCUCCUCGACGACGAGCUGGACGAGCGUGACGGCGCAAUCGAGUCCGGCCGUGCCACCACGUUCGUCUGGAACAUCACCUCCCUUGAGGCUCCCAUCCUCACGGGCAGCUUUACGAGCGAUGUCCCCUCCAUCGACCACAAUCAAUACAUCAAGAACAUGUUCUCCUACCAAUCCAACUACGGUGCCGGCCUGCGUGUGCUGGAUGUGUCCUCCGUCCCAUCCGAUCCGACCGGAAAGGGGAUCAAAGAGGCUGCGUUUUUUGAUGUCUUCCCCGACGACGACGAUGCCCCAGAACCCGUGUUUAUCGGCUCGUGGGCCAAUUACCCUUUCUUUAGGAGUGGACAUAUCGUCGUUAAUACGUAUGACCGUGGCGCGUUUGUGGUCAAGAGAAGUAAAACGGUUAGCAGAGGCGUACGAGCAGAGUUUUAGGAGAUGGUACGUAUACAUGUACCUACUCAAGUAUGUACUCCAAGUAGAAUAGUCUUAGUAUAUGGACAAUAUGAAUGAUGAAGGACGGAGGUCAUGGAUGAACCGGGCAAUGAGAAAUACAAUAGAGCACAAUAGCUCUUGUU